CUUGCGUGCUCGUCAAACUUUCAAAAAGUUUCCGCGACAUCGUCAAUUGCAGCAUCGCGAACCUGACCAUGUCCGCGCCAGAAUUGCUCGAGCAGUUGCCAGAGGAAUUGAUUUUCCUCUGGCACCAACACCGCAUCGCCAUCCUCCUCUCUGCACUGACGAUUCUUGUGCUCGUCCGCCUCACGGUACACUUGCGCACCAAGCGCGAGAAGGUGUCCGCCUCGCCUGUUCCCGGAUCACCUACAGAGAAGAAGGUCGUGGAGAUCAAGCCCGAAUGGCUUCCUGAGAACACAACACUGGACGUGUCCGCUUUGACUGUAGAUGACCAUGCGGAGGAUUCGGUCGCCGCAGUUGCACCGCUGGUUAAGGCCAGAAAGGGCCCCAAGACUGUGAAAGGACGCAAGACUCCGAGCAAAAAACCUGUUCCGGAGGCUGUUUUCAACCAUGCGACAGAUAAGAUACAACCUUUGAUAUUCUUCCAAUCACUGUCCGGAACCACCGAGCGCCAUGCAUCAAGCUUCGAGAAGAUAUUCUCCACCUGGAUCAGUGGCCAGGACUCCGCGGCGACGAUUCUUCCACCCCAGGUGCACGACAUCUCUUACAUCGAAUAUGACGACUACUUCAUCACUCCUCCAAAGUCCGCUGACAACACAAAAUACUUCUACAUCAUCCUAAUGCCGACGUACAAUAUCGACACCGUCCUUGAUAUCUUCCUAGAAAGCCUUCGCGAGACCCAUAACGACUUCAGGAUCGACACUGCGCCUCUGAGUGGACUCCUGGGUUACUCAGUGUUCGGAUUCGGAGACAAGGAAGGUUGGCCCACUGAAGAGGAGGGAUUCUGCAGCCAGGCGAAAGAGGUGGACAAGUGGAUGGCACGCUUGACGGGCAGGAAACGAGCAUAUCCGCUAGGCAUGGGUGAUGUGAAGGACGACGUAGAUAUGCGAUUGGAAGAGUGGCGGCUUGGUGUUCAGGAAGCAUUGGGUGACAUUGCGCAAGGCAAGGGCCUGGGCGAGGGAGUUCCUGGCAGUGGAGAUGCCGCAGAGAGUGACGAAGAGGAAGAUAUCGACGUCGCAGAGGACAGCGAUGUCGAGGUAGAGACACAAAAGCUGAAGCCAAAGAGCAAGAAAUCCUCAAGAAUCGACGAUGUCGAAGACCUCGGAUCCAUGGUCAACAGCAGCAACAACAACAACACCUCCUCCCCAUCUUCCUCCGAAACGCCCCUCGCCAUCGACUUCACAACCUACAAGUCGAAAUCGAAACCCGCCCCUGCACCGACGCCAAAGGAAAUGGUACCCACGACAUCACCCACCUACGCCGCCCUCACGAAGCAGGGCUACUCGAUCAUCGGUUCGCACUCUGGCGUCAAGAUCUGCCGAUGGACCAAAUCCGCCCUUCGCGGCCGCGGCUCCUGCUACAAGUACUCCUUCUACGGCAUCCAGUCGCACCUGUGCAUGGAGGCGACCCCGUCCCUCUCCUGCAGCAACAAAUGCGUCUUCUGCUGGCGCCACGGCACCAACCCCGUCGGCACAACCUGGCGCUGGAUCACCGACGCACCCGACACAAUCUUCGACGGCAUCACGACCGCACACUACAAAAAGAUCCGCAUGAUGAAAGGCGUACCCGGCGUGCGCGCGGAGCGCUUCGCCGAAGCGAUGCGCAUUCGACACUGCGCGCUCUCCCUCGUCGGCGAACCCAUCUUCUACCCGCACAUCAACGACCUCCUCACCAUCAUGCACUCGCACCGCAUCUCCACCUUCCUCGUCUGCAACGCGCAGCACCCGGCGCAGCUCGCCUCCCUCGUGCCCGUCACCCAGCUCUACGUCUCCAUCGACGCGUCGAACAAGGACUCGCUCCGCAAGAUCGACCGCCCGCUGCACCGCGACUUCUGGGAGCGCUUCUGCGCGUGCCUCGACAUCCUGCGCAACCGCCGCUUCGAGCAGCGCACCGUCUUCCGCCUCACCCUCGUGAAAGGGUUCAACAUGGCCGAGGAGGUCCGGGGGUACGCCGACCUCGUCGAGCGCGCGCUGCCGUCCUUCGUGGAGGUCAAGGGCGUGACGUACUGCGGUACCAGCGCGGCGGGGUCUGCCGGCCUCACGAUGCAGAACGUCCCGUUCUACGACGAGGUUGCCGACUUCGUGCGCGAGCUUGACGCCGAGUUGGCGCGUAGGGGUCUUGCGUACGGUAUCGCGGCUGAGCAUGCGCACUCCUGCUGCGUGUUGCUGGCUGACCGUACGCGGUUCAUGCGUGACGGGAGGUGGCAUACGCGCAUCGGGUACGACAAGUUCUUCGAUCUGUGCGAGGGGAAGACACAGGGUACGAGAGUGGAGAAGGACGAGGUCACGGGCGAGGAGAAGGUCGUCGGGUGGAGGCCGGAGGAUUAUAUCGGCGACGAGACGCCUGAGUGGGCGCUUUGGGGUAAUGGCGGCUUUGAUCCUAGGGACGUCCGCGUGUGGAGGAAGGGCAAGGGCCCGAAGAAGGAUGAGACUGCCCCUGCUACUGAUGCUGAUGCUGAUGCUCAUACUCCUCGUGCUAUUGUGGAGAUAUGAGAUCUAUAUAUGAUUUGACCCGAUGUCGGGGAUUUCCAACUCGGCCUGUCUGCUAAAAGCAACAUUUGGAUAUGUACGGAGUAUAUCUAAAUUUGAAAUACUAAGCUGCGUAUAUACAUGUAUGCG